GGGCCGAGGACCUCACAUGCACGUGGUGCAGACACACCCCGAUGCUAUUAUUGUCGGCGCAACAUCAUAUAAGGUAGCCGAACAUCGCACGGCGUCGUGCACAACGCUUCGACCAUCACCAUGGGCCUCAACGUGACCGACAUCAUGUCCGAGACUGCGGGCUGGACCCCACUGGCCAGCCCGCCAUACCCUUCCAAGCUCACCUGGGUGGUGAUCGCCGCCGCGGUGUACUAUGUGGUCCAGGUGGUCAAGAGCAUCUUCCUGUCCAAGACAUCCAAGAUCCCCGGCCCCCUCUUCCCCCACUUCACGGUCCUUCCCAUCAUCGUGACCUACCUGAGGGGCACACAAAUGUACAACAUGGAGAAAUGGCACAGGCGCUAUGGACCAGUGUUCAGGCUCGGAGCCAACACGGUCUACAUCUCUGACGCGGUGGUCGCGCGCCAGGUGCUGGUCAAGGAGAACCUCGCCAAGGCCCCGUGGUAUGCCUAUCUCUCGCGGGACCCGAAAUCCGCCGGCCUGUUCACCAGCGUUUACAAGGACUACCACCGCCAGCGCCGCAAGCUCUUGAUGCCGGCCUUUGGCGUCGACUACUUGAAGAACCUCGAGCCGUUCCUUCUCGGCAAGGUGGAGCAGUACUUUACGACGUACGCUGGGCGAAUCGAUGCCGCUCCCCCUUUUUCGGGCACCAAGUCGAUCGUCGUCGACCUCUACGGCGACCUCGCUGACCUCACCAUGGACAUUCUGGGCGAGACGGCGUUUGGGAGGGACGGCGGCUUCGGCCUGGUGACCUCGGGCGACAAGAGCAACCCCUAUCGCGAGAUCUGCUCCAUGCUGGCCAAGUACAUGCACGACGGCAGCAUCCGCUUCUUCUGUCGCCCCCUUGACCGGUACAUGUCGCGCGACCUGCGCGUGUACAAGCUCAUGAAGCCGCUGGUGCAGGAGCGCUUCGACAGCGGCGAGACUGGCCGACGCGACAUCCUCCAGUUUCUUGUCGAUGCGUCGAACGAGGUUGUCAAGGGCCAGAAUGGGCAGUUGACCCAGCAGCAAGUCCUUGACCAGUGUGUCGAGCUGUUGAUUGCGGGUGGAGAGACCACAUCCAACACCAUCACCUACAUCCUCAUUGCGCUCCUCCGAGCUCCAGAGUCCCUGCGCAAGCUGUACAAAACCAUCCCCGUCUCAUCCCUCGACACCCCGGUCACGACCUUUGACGAACUCGCCGACACGCCGUUCCUCGACGCGUGUAUCGAGGAAGGCAUGCGCAUGUACCCCGUGACCGCCGAGUUUGGCCGUCGAACCCUCAAGGAUGCAUGCGCCAUCUCGGUCCCCGCGCGCGACGGCUUUCCCGCCCAGACGCACAUCAUCCCCCCUCGCUCCGCCGUCAGCGUCAGCCUGCGGGCGAUGCACUACGACCCCAUCAACUUUCCCCAGCCGGAGCGGUUCUGGCCCGAGCGCUUUUUGCCCGCGUCGCACCCCGACGCGCCGAGCGCAGAGGAGCUCGGGGGCAGCACGACGACUGCCGCGGACCGUGCCGCCUUCAUGCCGUUCUCGAUCGGCCUGCGCAAUUGCAUCGGCAUGCGCAUGGCUUGGUACGAGAUGAAGAUGGUCAUUUGGAACCUCCUCAGCCGUUACAACAUGGAGGCGCUGCCGGGGCAGGAGGUUGACCUUCGCCAGUUUGUCACCCUCCAGUUGAAGAGUGCAAAGUUUAGUGUCAAGCUGACUGAGCGCGUGGAGUAGGGAGCACGAGGCUGGGUGGUGUGAGGGGGGGCUUGUCCGACGUAGCUACAUAGACUGUGA